UCGCGGGCGACAAAACAAAAUAUGCGAACAUAGAUAACACCCUCCCUCCCGGGCUUUGGCGUGGUGCGUGGUCAUUUCAUUUCACAGAUUACUAAACUUACCAUUCCAUUCAUCAUCCAGUCGUCGUUGUGUAAAGGUGUGACUAGUGUAGCGAUUAGUUUAUAAACUAAACAUUUAAUCGUAGGCUAUUCGUUGGUGUGUUGUUUAUAGUUGGGACUGUGGACGAUGGCGGGCUGUGGGCAGUGGAUCAAGGUGGAACCCGACUGGGACCUCAUGGAUGGUCUUGUCAAAAAGGAAGUGAAAGAAGAGAUGCAACGUGUGAAGGAUGAGCCAGUGUACGACGACAGUGCCGAAACGACCGAGGCUGCGCUGAGCGAGCUGUAUGCCGACCACGUGGUCAAGGACGAGCUCGUGCUGGGGCCGGAGCGCCCGCACCGCCCCGACGUUGGCCUCGUGGUGCGCGAUGGGGCACUCGGUGACACAGGUGGGUGUCCGCUGGCUUUGGAUCGCGGAGGAACACAGCUCGCGCGGGUCUCCACCGAGCGGCUCGAGCGCUGCGACGACGCCACAUCACACCAUGUGCUAAGCGAGACCACGAGCGCGCAAAUGCUCACUGAUCACAAUUCACCACUGAGUGGUGUAAAACAACAUAAACAAGUGCACAGUGGUGAAAAAUCAUAUCCAUGUGAAAUAUGUAAAAAAAAGUUUAGAAGAUUAGUUGAAUUACGCAUACAUACACGAGUCCACACCGGCGAAAAACCAUAUCAGUGUGAAAUAUGUCAAAAAAGGUUUACUCAAUCCAGUCAAGUAAAAAUACAUAAACGAUGCCACACUGGCGAAAAACCAUAUCAAUGUGAAGUGUGUCAAAAAAAGUUUGCCCAAUCGAGUCAAUUAAAAUCACAUAAACCAUCCCACACUGGUGAAAAACCAUACCAAUGUGAAGUGUGUAAAAAAAGGUUUAACCAAAGAGGUGGAUUAAAAUUACAUAAACGAUCCCACACUGGCGAAAAACCAUAUCAAUGUGAAGUAUGUCAAAAGCAAUUCAGCGACCCGAGUCAUGCAAAGAUUCAUAAACUAUUACACACUGGCGAAAAACCAUACCAAUGUGAACUAUGUGAAAAAAAAUUCACUCAAUUGGUUCAUUUAAAAAAUCAUAAACGAUCUCACACUGGCGAAAAACCAUACCAAUGUGAACUAUGUGAAAAAAGAUUCACUAACUCGAAUUCUUUAAAACUUCACAAUCGUUUACACACUGGUGAGAAACCAUAUCAAUGUGAAGUGUGUGAAAAAAGAUUCACUCAAUUGGGUAGCUUAAAAACACAUAAACGACAUCACAUUGGCGAAUAAUUAUAUCAGUGUGAAAUAUAUAAAGAACAAUUCAGAGACUUGAGUAUUGCUAUCAAGCUAAUACAGCGAGCAUUCUACAACAUUAAGGAAUAUUUUGCACACAAUGGUGAUCAUGUUGUAUAACACAUAGCUUUUAAGUCACGAAACUAGUUAAUUUAGACACUAACUUAAAUAGCUAUUACUUCUAGAACCAAUUAGUUUUAAGACAUAAUUUGCAUGUACCUAGCAUAGUUAAUAUAGGUAUUAAGGGGCUACCUGUGGUUUUUAUCGAUUUUUGACAAGUUUUGAAUCGCAUCUCCUACAUUUGCAGUACAGAUUGAUUUAUAAGACAAACGGCUAUCGGUUCUUCAAUCUUUCAUCUCCAUUCUUGUCUACCGGAUUUUGAGAAAAAUUCAUACUUAUUUUUUUAUGAUUUUUUUGACCAGUCUAAAAAACACUUUUCGUAACUCGAGUGCUGUGAUGGAUCUUACAUAUACAUAUGAAAUCUACAUAUUUGGGUUCGUCUUUGACGUCUCGGGAAGUGUGAAAACUAAUUAACAUAAAAGUUAUUUAAAGCUUUUUAAAUAUAUUUAAUGUAAUCUUAGUACAUAAUAUGUCAAUAAAGUGUAUCUAUUGUAUACAAACAUAAACUAAUACGUACUGGUAAAAAAAACUUUACCAACAUGAAAUAUGUAAGAAAACGAGGGAUUAGGUGAAUUGAGCAUCCAUUAAAAUCACAUACGUAAACUGGCCCACACUGGCGAAAAAAUAUCAAUGUGAAGUAUGUCAAAAGCAAUUCAGAGACUCAAGUACUACUAGCAAACUAAUGCACCUGUCAAAAGUAAAACAAUAGAAAUCCUUUUUGAGAAAAGUAUAGUGCAGUGGUUCUUCUUAAAGACUAAGAAUACAAGUGGUUUACAAAUGCCUGAACAUACAAUAAUAAUAAUAAGUAAACAUGCAUAAUUGAUAACAUAGUAGCUAGUGUGAUUGUAUUGUGUAAUAAAGUUGUAUUUAUUACUAUUAUUAUGUGGGUUUUAUUUCAUUUUCAUACCCUUCUCUCCCUCGUAGUCAAAAAUUUGCCUUUGAAACUAUAAUAUUUAUACUCACCGCAAAGCUAAGAGGCGAGCCAGGUCAUAAAGCCAUCUCUUUCACCAGGCUGUAUCUCAUGAAUCGUGAUAGCUAGGCAGUUGAAAUUUUCACAGAUGAUGUAUUUCUGUUGUCGCUAUAACAAUACCUAAAGACUGAAAUCAGAGAUGAUAAGUUACUAUAACCGGGCAAUCGCAAUCGUUUGCAGAAAACAUUAUCUUUUCCACAUAUCAGCUAUUUACGUUUCGUUUCGUUUUUAACAAAUGAUUUUCACCUUGGCUUGGCACCCUGAUAUGUUUCAAUGUUGUCGUGCAUUUAGGAGCAAAAAUAUUGAGUUACUUACACCUAAUUUCAAUUUGCGACUUAUAUUGCUCUAAGUCGAUACCGACUAGCUUCGGGUGUCGCCGAACUGCGGGCAUUUGUGCCUUGGCAGUUGGCAGUACUAACUAAUACGUUAACGUAAAUUAUAAAUGCAAUACAAAAUAUGAUAACAUUUUCA